AUGUCAUAUGGUAAGAAAAAAUGGUCUGAAUGGGUAGAAGAGGACAAAGAGAAGGUUUUCAAUACCUUAAAAUACUGUUAUGAUAAGGGAUUGCGUACAUUUGACACUGCCGAUUAUUAUUCCAACGGUUACAGUGAGAUUCUUUUAGGUGAAUUUUUGAAAAAAUACAAGAUCAAGAGAGAAACUGUUGUUAUUUUAACCAAGAUCUUUUUCCCUGUUGAUGAAACACUUGAUCUACAUCUUGGUGAAGAGCCCAUUGGAGUUGAUCAAUUGGAUGUAGUCAAUCAACGUGGAUUAUCACGUAAACAUAUAGUUGACGGUGUCAAAAGAUCUGUGGAAAGGUUGGGUACAUACAUUGACGUCUUACAAAUUCAUAGAUUUGAUCAAGACACACCAAUCAAAGAACGCAUGAAAGCAUUGAAUGAUGUUGUUGAAAAGGGCCAUGUUCGAUACAUUGGUGCGUCGUCUAUGUUGGCGACAGAGUUUGCUGAAAUGCAAUUUGUAGCUGAAAAAUACGAGUGGUUUCAGUUCGUCAAUUCUCAAUCUCUAUACAAUCUCAUUUAUAGAGAAGAUGAAAGAGAACUGAUUCCAUUCUGUAAGAGACACAACAUUGCUUUAACUCCAUGGUCUCCAAAUCAUCAAGGUUUAUUGACUAGACCGAUUGGAUCGACCACAGAAAGAUCAGAGAAUGAUCCAUUUGUUAAGUGUACUUUAACUAAGAAACUAGAAAAGAGUGACAUUGAAAUUAUUAACAGGGUAGAAGAGCUCGCUAAGAAGAAGAAAUGUUCGAUGGCAGUUAUUUCCACUGCUUGGGUCAUUAGCAAAGGUUGUGUCCCAAUUGUCGGCAUGAGUAAGACUAGUAGAGUGGAUGAUGCCAUAAAGGCAUUAAAAGUCAAAUUUACUGAUGAAGAACUAAAAUACUUGGAAGAACCUUACAAGCCAAAAGAAUAUAUUAGUUAG